AUCAGUUACACCUCGGCCGAAAAAAAAAAUAGUAGAAAUUAAAAAAAAAACAAAAUAAAAGCCCUCAAACACUCAUGAAUUUAUAGAAUUUUGUCAACUUAGUCAAUAAUAACCGUUGGACUUAAAACCGAAUGUAGCAUAGUAUGCGAUCCAGAUUCAUAAAUGAAACUUACUUAAUUUGGCCCUUGCACACACUCAUCAAGUAGAGUUGACUUUCCCAGUUGUUGUAGCUUAUAUAAGCUCUAAAGUCCCGCCUUCCCAGUUUCACACUAACAGACAAAUUCUCUCUUCUCAUUAUAUCCUGUGCCCAAUUUCUGGUAAAUAAAUAAAUUGUCUCUUCUCAUUAAUGCAUAAAUCAUUGUUAUUAUUUUGGAUAGAUUGAAAAUGAGUGGGAAGCGAAUAGGAGAGGAGUCAGAUAUGGUGAGUGGGAAGCGAAUAGGAGAGGAGUCAGAUAUGGUGAGUGGGUAUGUCCACAAGGUUGGGGUGCCGCCAAAGCAGAGCCUUUUGAAGGAAUUGAAGUUCACUUUGAAAGAGACUUUCUUUCACGAUGACCCCUUGCGACCUUUCAGGGACAAGUCAGUUCCGAAAAAGGCGUGGCUCGGGAUUCAAGCCCUUUUCCCAAUCCUCGACUGGGGAAGACACUACAAAUUCCACAUGUUUAAGGGCGAUCUCAUAGCCGGCCUCACCAUUGCAAGCCUAUGCAUCCCUCAGGAUAUUGGUUAUUCAAAACUGGCUAAUUUGGAUCCGCAAUUCGAUAGUAGUUUUGUGCCACCCUUGAUAUAUGCCAUAAUGGGUAGCUCGAGGGAUAUAGCAAUCGGUCCAGUGGCUGUGGUGUCCCUAUUGCUCGGGAGCAUGCUGCAAAACCAGAUCGACCCCAAACACAAGCACGAGUACCAACGGCUUGCUUUCACGGCUACAUUUUUCGCUGGCAUUACUCAGUUUGCACUCGGUUUCUUCAGGCUUGGUUUCUUGAUCGACUUUCUCUCUCAUGCUGCCAUUGUUGGGUUCAUGGCUGGGGCAGCCAUUACCAUAAGCCUCCAGCAGCUCAAAGGCUUUCUCGGCAUAAAAACCUCUAAAUUCACCAAGAAAACCGAUAUAGUCUCUGUUAUGCGGUCUGUGUGGACUACCGCGCAUCAUGGGGUAACAAAUAGUUACGGUCUCGGCUGGAACUGGGAGACUAUUGUGAUAGGAGGCUCAUUCUUGGCUUUCUUGCUUUUUGCCAAAUACAUUGGGAAAAAGAACCGGAAGUUGUUUUGGUUUCCGGCAAUAGCUCCUCUGCUUUCCAUAAUCAUUUCGACAUUCUUCGUCUUCAUCACUCAUGCAGAGAAGAAAGGAGUUCAAAUUGUGAACCAUAUUGAAAGAGGCAUUAACCCUUCAUCUCUGCAUGAAAUUCACUUCACCGGCUCUUAUGUCGGCACCGGAUUCAGAAUUGGUGUCGUGGCAGGCAUUAUUGCGCUUACGGAAGCUGUAGCAAUCGGCCGAACUUUUGCUGCCAUGAAAGACUAUCACUUGGAUGGGAACAAAGAAAUGGUAGCACUCGGGACAAUGAACGUCGUGGGCUCUAUGACGUCAUGUUAUGUCGCUACAGGAUCUUUUUCACGGUCAGCCGUGAACUACAUGGCCGGGUGCAAUACGGCCGUCUCAAACAUCGUGAUGUCAUUUGUCGUCUUUCUAACUUUGGAAUUCAUCACACCACUUUUCAAGUACACACCGAAUGCCAUUCUUGCUUCCAUCAUUAUAUCGGCUGUUGUUGGGUUGUUCGAUUAUGAAGCCAUAAUUCUCAUAUGGAAGAUUGACAAGUUCGACUUUGUGGCGUGCAUGGGCGCCUUCUUUGGGGUCGUUUUCAUCUCUGUCGAGAUCGGCCUUCUUGUCGCGGUUGCUAUAUCUUUUGCCAAGAUUCUUCUUCAAGUGACUAGGCCACGAACUGCAGUGCUCGGGAAAAUCCCGAGGACUACGGUUUAUAGGAACAUACAGCAAUAUCCUGAGGCAACCAAAGUUCCGGGUGUUGUGAUUGUUCGGGUUGAUUCGGCUAUAUAUUUUUCAAAUUCCAAUUACAUUAGGGAAAGGAUACUGAGAUUGAUGGCUGAUGAAGAGGAACAACUUAAAGAGAAUAAUCUACCAAGAAUCCAGUAUUUGAUAGUCGAAAUGUCACCCGUGACGGAUAUAGAUACCAGCGGCAUUCAUGCAUUGGAAGAUCUACACAAGACUCUACAAAAGAGGGAUGUACAGCUUGUUUUAGCGAACCCAGGGCAAGCUGUGCUGGACAAGCUUCACACAUCCACCUUCACCAUCACAGUUGGAUACGACAAAAUAUUUCUCACUGUUGGAGAUGCUGUCAUGACAUUGGCUCCAAAGAUGGAGCCUUGAUAUCUCACUUUUUCCCCAAAACAGUUUUCACAUAUUCCACGUGUGCUUCAUAUAUAUAUGUACAUUUCCUGCCUUCGUCUUUUUUUCCCUUUUUUUGGGUUCAGUUUGGUGAUGGGGGUUGUUUACGCUUUUAAUAAACGCAGAGAGUAAUGAUCUAAUUUGAUAGUUUGAAGUGUGAAAACUUGAAGAGGGGUUGUUUAAUCAAUGUGUUCAUCUGAUUGUGUGGAGCCAAGUCUCGUGUAAUUCUUUCGUUUUUCUUCAAACUCAAAAUAUCGCCGUCGUAAGUUCUUAGCUCAAAAUAUUCAGCUCGAAAGGUUUACAUACAUGCUGUAUCUGUAUAUACUCAAAAUAUCGCCAUUGUAAGUUCUUAGAGUGACUCCUGCAG